CCCACUAGAGCUUCAUCUCCCUCGCGAGCGCUCGCCUCUCUCCCCGUCUAAUCUUCCACUGCUCCGACGCCAUUUUUCUCUUCACCACCACCACCUCCGAUCGAAACCUCGAGAAGGUUCUCGAACACAGAUGCGAGCUUCGGUGUGGAAGAGCCUCGCGCGGUUAGGGCAUCCUCACCACCCCUCGCAAUUCACCUGCUCCGCCCUCCUCCAUUCCACCGCCAUCGCCCUCUCCAAAUGGACGAUUAAAUCGGAUUCUAAGACUCACGUCAGAUAUACAGUUCGUCAAAAGCGAUCUGACGCAAAAAGUGCUCUGAAAAAUCUUCUUCUCAAUGGCAAAUCCUCAUUACAGGAUCAAUCUGAUAAACAGCGGCGAACUAAGAAAAUUAGCAAAUCUAAGCCCCAUCAUCCAAGCCCUGGAAAAGGCCAUUGGACAAGCAAGCGUUGGCAGAAUACUAAAAACUUCAAUGAAGAUGAUUAUGAGAAUCCUUAUACUUCUUCAGCCACCUUUGGCGGGCGUAGACCUUUUACCUGGUCUUGGUCGGGUUUUGAAUGGAAAGAUGAGUCGCAGUGGACUAAAGCCAAGAAAAGAGUGUGGAGUGAAAGUGAUAUAGAAGAAGAAGAAUCAAGUGAUAUAGAUAUGCGGAGCUACAGAGUUACUCUUGGUUUGCCGCCUAUUGGCCCCUUGAAAUUAGAAGAUCUUAAAUCUGCUUUUCAUGCAUCUGCUUUACAGUGGCAUCCAGACAAACAUCAAGGUUCUUCACAGGCCCUAGCAGAGGAGAAGUUCAAACUGUGUGUUGAUGCGUACAACACCCUCUCGAGUGUCUUGAAGCAAAAAUGCUAAAUGCUGUUUUUGAUUUAUUUAUUUUUUUCCCGUUUUAUCCUGAAUGGAAUUUUUGAUCCAUGUAUAUCACACUCCAUUUGAACUUCUUCGUGGAGCAUUGUAUGUACUGUUACUUUCUUGUAUAAGAGAUAAAUUGCUUUUUAUGAAUUA